AUGAUUUUCUCAGGGCUGGGCUUCAACAUCGUCGGUGGGACAGAUCAGCAGUAUAUCUCCAACGACAGUGGCAUCUACGUCAGCCGCAUCAAAGAGAAUGGGGCUGCGGCCCUGGAUGGGCGGCUCCAGGAGGGUGAUAAGAUCCUCUCGGUGAAUGGCCAAGACCUGAAGAACCUGCUGCACCAGGAUGCUGUAGACCUCUUUCGUAACGCGGGAUAUGCUGUGUCCCUGAGAGUGCAGCACAGGUUACAGAUGCAGAAUGGACCUAUAGGACAUCGAAGUGAAGGGGACCCAAGUGGUAUUCCCAUAUUGAUGGUGCUGGUGCCAGUGUUUGCCCUUACCAUGGUAGCAGCCUGGGCCUUCAUGAGAUAUCGGCAACAACUUUGAAAGUGCUCCCAGUGAAGAUAUGUUUCUCUCACCCUCCUCCCCAGCCAUUCUCCCUCUCUCUGCAUAGCCAACAUGUGAUUUAAAGUGACUGAUACCCACCCCGAACUUUACCCUUCACAGUCUCCAAAUCUUUGUAUUCGAAUGAGAAAGUAAAAGUAUUGUUUGAAGGAAAGUGAAGAAAAGACUUGCUUAGAAUAAAUGAGGGGUUAUAUGUUUUACUAGGACUUCCAAUAGAAAUUCAGCUACCACCCAAAGAGGAAAAGA